AUGAGUCGCCAGCAGCAACUCUACCCUGGCAGGGAGCACCUGGCCUUUAGCGGCUGCUCGGCCAUCAUCUUGGGCCGGGCCAGCAGCAACUCUGCCUCGUUCCAGGCCGGUGUCAAGGGCACGGCGGCCUUUGGCAGCAAGAGCCUCUUCAACCCCGGGGGUGGCAGGCACCUGGCCCUGAGCGCCGUGGUCGGGCGGGGCAGCUCCAUGCUGGGUCCCUGUGUGGCCACAGGCAGUGGCCGCCCGGGCGGCUUCAUGGGCACCGUCUUUGGCAGUCUGUCCAUGUGCCUGCCUGGCAGCAUCCCUCGGGUCACCGUCAACAAGAGCCUCCUGGCCCCCAAGGUGGAGCUGGACCCAGAGAUCCAGAAGGUGCACGUCCAGAAACGGCAGCAGAUCAAGGCUCUGAACAACAAGUUCGCCUCCUUCAUUGACAAGGUGCGGUUCCUGGAGCAGCAGAGCCAGGUUCUGGGGACUAAGUGGGAGCUGCUGCAGCAGCUGGACCUGAACAACUGUAAGAACAACCUGGAGCCCAUCCUCGAGGGCUACGGUGGCAACCUGCGGAAGCAGCUGGAGACGCUGUCCGGGGACCGGGUGAGGCUGGACUCGGAGCUGAGGGGCGUGCGGGACGUGGUGGAGGACUACAAGAAGAGGUAUGAGGUGGAGAUUAACAGAUGCACGGCUGCUGAGAAUGCGUUUGUGGUGCUCAAGAAGGACGUGGACACUGCCUACAGGAACAAGGUCAAGAUCCAGGCCAAGGCGGACUCCUUGACAGACAAGAUCAAGUUCUUCAAGUGCCUCUCUGAAGGGGAGGUCGCUCAGAUCCAGUCCCACAUCAGCGACAUGUCUGUCAUCCUGUCCACGGACAACAACUGGGACCUGGACCUGGACAGCAUUAUCGCCCGGGUCCGCACCCAGUACGAGGACAUGGCCCUGAAGAGCAAGGCCGAGGCCAAGGCGCUAUACCAGACCGAGAUCCAAGAGCUGCAGGUCACAGCAGGCCAGCAUGGGGAUGACCUCAAACUCACCAAGGCUGAACUCUCAGAUCUCAACUGGCUGAUCCAGAGGAUGCGCUCGGAGUUAGGGAACGUGAAGAAGCAGUGCUCCUGCCUGGAAAUGGCUAUCACUGACGCUGACCAGCAAGGUGACUGUGCCCUGAAGGAUGCCCGGGCCAAGCCGGAUGAGCCGGAGGCUGCCCUGCUCCAGUCCAAGGAGGAGCUGGCCCGGGUGAUAUGCGAGUACCAGGAGCUGAUGAGAACCAAGCUGGCCCUGGACGUGGAGAUCGCCACCUACCGCCAGCUGCUGGAGGGUGAGGAGAGCCAGAUGUCUGGUGAAUAUCCAAGUUCCGUGAGCAUCUCCGUCAUCAGCAGCUCUGGUGCCGGGGCAGGGGGGGCUGGCUUCAGCCUGGGCUUUGGCGCCUCGAGCAGUUACAGCUAUAAACCCUCGGCAGUAGAUGUCAAAACCAAAGCCAGCUGUGCCAGUGGGUUCAAGGAUCCUCCUGCCAAAACCUCGGGCAGCAGCUGUGCAACCAAAAAGGCCUUGAGAUGAAGGGCAAGUGAAGGCUGGCUUUGCAAGCAGAAAGCUGCAGAUCCCAUCCGCCUCCUCCCCAUGUCCUCAUCUCCUCCCCCAGGGUCCCCUUCCCAAGUCAGGAAGUGCUUCCUCCGUAACCACAAUCCCAAGUCCCAUCCCCUCUCCCUGUUGUCCUCAGUGGGGUGAUGCUCUCUCUGAUGCAAGAAGUCCAGCCAUUGGCUCUCCCGGUGACCUCCCCCUUGUCAUCUUUCAUUGCGUCACUGCCCCAAAUGCAGAGAUAACACCAAUACCCAGGAUGCUUCCCUGUGACCAGGGACAAACCCCUCUGUCCCCGUGCCUUUCUGGGCCUUCACAAGCCAGGGGGGCUCUCACCGUCCUCUGAUUGGGGUCGUGUCCAGAUCUCUGCUCCCCCCACAAUAAAC